AUGGGUGGCAAGCCUGACGCCGGCCUCCGCGGCCUCAAUCACUAUCAGAGACAGCUUCCGUCAUGGCGGUAUUGGCCCCGACAAAAACUGUUGCCUCUGGUCCGGUUUGAGACGCCGUAUCUCGCCUGGGCGCAAGAGAAGGUGCGGACUCCGACUCUCGACUCCUACUUCGCAUUUACGGCCAAUUUGGGAACCCACACCUUUUUUAUGGUCUUCUUGCCGAUCUUGUUCUGGAGUGGAUAUAAUAGCUUGGGCCGUGGAAUGGUGAAUCUAUUAGCAUCCGGUGUAUUCUUCAGUGGAUUUAUCAAAGACUUGCUAUGCCUCCCGCGCCCGCUAUCUCCUCCGCUGCAACGGAUCACGAUGUCCGGCUCCGCUGCUUUAGAAUACGGCUUUCCUUCGACGCACUCGACAAACGCCGUUUCUGUCGCCGUGUACGGUCUCGUCCUGCUUAAUUCAGAAGACACAGCCCUGAGUCCCACCGUCAACUUGAUCCUUCAAGCCAUAACUUAUCUCUACGUCUUUUCCAUUGUGAUUGGUCGCUUGUACUGCGGGAUGCACGGAUUCUUCGACGUGAUCGUGGGUUCGUCGCUCGGCGCUCUCCUUGCUUUUGUCCAACACGCGUACGGUCCGAUUAUGGAAGAAUAUGCGCUCGCAGGUCGUAGCAAAGAAGUUCUCGCUGUGGUGCUAAUCAUCCUGGUUCUCGUUCGCAUCCACCCCGAGCCUGCGGAUGACUGUCCCUGUUUCGACGAUAGUGUGGCUUUUGCGGGAGUACUGUUGGGUGCGCAAGCAGCAUACUGGCACCUUGCACUUACCCAGGCGGAGUUCGCGGUUGCUCCUAUCCCGUAUCGCAUCGAGAAUUUGGGAAUAAUCAAGACAACACUGCGUCUAGUCAUCGGGGUGUUGAUGCUCUUUACGUGGAGAGCGAGUGCGAAACCUUUCCUUCUACGGAUUCUUCCUCCAGUAUUCCGCGGCUUGGAAAAGCUUGGCCUCAUUCUUCCUCGACGAUUCUUCACUAAGGCUUCCGAGUACACCAAGGUUCCCGCGCACCUCAAAGAUCAUGAAAUCAUUCCCAGCUUCUCCGAUAUCCCCUCGAUCCUGAAAAACAUCCGCCACCCCAGGCGACGUGCCAUAUCGGUCGGUCCGCAGUCCGAGGCCGACGCCUACGAAACGCUGGCAUAUCGGGAGAAGCGCAGACGGGAGAGCCUGUCCAACGGCAAAAUGACGGCGUCCGUGCCCGAAGAGACGGAGAACGAUCACGACGCGUCCAGACUCGGCGCAACACCCCGACUCUCGCGCAAGCAAUCGAAACUGCACGAGUACGAGAACAUGAUGGGCACGGGCAGCCCGCGCAUUGCGACCGGAGUCGACACUAACUCCCGCCUGUCGCCGGAGACGGAGCCCUUCCCCGACUUGGAACCCGAGCCCGUCGAGCCCGACGAGGAUGAGGUUUUCGCGCAGAUCAAAAAGCCCCGUGUACGAUAUGAUGUGGAGGUGAUUACCAAGCUGGUUGUCUAUUCCGGAAUCGCAUGGAUUGCGAUGGACUGGGCGCCACUUCUAUUCGAGCACAUCGGCCUUGGUCCCAAUUAA